AUGGUCUCACCUCGGAAACACUUAUUGGCAUUCUGCAGCAACUACAAUAGGAUCCACGAAGAAGAAGGAAUUGAGAUAUUAGACAAAAGGAUAGAUGGAAAUAUAGGACAGGAAUUGGUCAGAGGUUGGAGACGGCCAGAAGGAGGACAGAAGAAGGACGCGCGAGGGCGUGAGCCCGAGUACUAUCUGUUUGUUACAGUUUGGUCUUGGUUUAUUGUUGACUUAUUUACCGUUGCUCGUAUUUUCCCCAAUUGUAUCGUUUAGUUUGGAUAAAUCUGUCAAUUAUACGUGUUUGGCGAGUCGUUUCUAGGAGAUCCUCGGAUCUCAUAUCCUCACGAACUACCCCAAAUAGUUCUAAUUGGCGACCACGUGCACUCCACAAUCUUCGGCGACGUUCGAUUCGGUUUUGCGUUGGAUUUUGAGGUGAUUUUCCCCUAUUUUUCUCUUGAAUUUUAGGUACGAACUUCUCUUGACAGUUCGAAAGAUAUUUGAACCUCUAUUGACAGUUCAAAUCGAUUUGCGAGCUUCUAUUGAUAGCUUGUAGGAACUCCGAACUUCUAUUGAUCGUUUCGGAUUUCUUCUGAGAAACUCUAUUUGAUCGUUUCGAAUUUCCUCUGAGAACCUCUAUCGAAGAGUUCCAGCGACCAUCGGCUGUCCUCUCUUGGAAAGUGACCGAUCGUCGAUUUGAAGCGCUAUCGUGCUUGUUUUUCUGGGAAUUUAUCGAGUCCCCGAAAUUGUGUUGAAUUCCUUAUCCCUCUGAAGGAUUCUCCACGUCAAAGAGAAUAUUUAUCGCAUAUUCUUGCCAUAUCGGAGCCUUUUGUUCAAGGAAAUCCCGAUUUUUUCAAGUAAAAUUCGAUCCGGAUAUUAUACUUGAUUUUCGAAGGAAAUUGUGUCUUCAUCCUGUUGUUUAUCUCAAUUGCCGAUUAGUGAACCUGUUUUAGCGAAUAGAUUGAAUCGCAAAGGUGUAUUUGAGAAGUUCCGAACUAUUUGAAGAGUUUACGGAUUUUUGGGUAUUAAUUUAGGUAAUACUUGACGAACUUUGCGUUAUAUUGCGCGUUUUUGUGCCCCGUUGUUUUGAGAUACAGUGCCCGUUCCUGCCGGUUAGAAUAGCAGAGUCUGUUUCUUGUUUAUUUGCUGAUUAUCUCGUUGAUUUGGGCAAUUUUUUCGUUGAUUACCUUGGCUGAUAUCACUUUUUCGUGAAUUCCAUUGAUUUUGAUUAGAAUUUUGAUAGUAUUGUUGCGGUUCUAUCCGGUUUAUCCUGCUGAAGAUAAACUAUUCGUGUGUGAAUUUGUUUCAUUGAUUUUUAAAUUGAUUUUUACAGGAGAAUUUGAGACAGAUCCUUGAAAGACCUAGUUUAAUAUCGAAACCGAAGAAAAUUGUUGAUAAGUUCCUUUUACUUGUGUGUUCCACCUUUAGAUUGAAUAAUUCGAGGCAUUCACAGAAAUUCGCGGCUUCCGACAUUAAUUUAGUUGAUUUGUUACCUAAAAUUUGAAAAAAACUUUCUAAAAAUGCCGAACUUCACGCUAAUUUCUCCUCCUACUCCUUCCUUGCGUCCUGAAGACUUUCAUCCUUAUGAUUUGCGGGUAGAAAGAACUGAAUUCUACCAAGAAAGCACGAAAAAAGCAUUGUCAGACAUAAGCAUCACAAUUACAUUAACAGAAACACAAAUUUUUUCUCUGAAAAUGGGCCAAAUAGUUCUAAUCAAGUGAAAAAGCUGCGUUUUUGAAAGGCGCGCCCUUUCCCUUACAAAAAAGCGUUUUGAAAUCGGAGUUUUUUCCGCUUGGAGAGGGAAAGCAUUUUGCCACAUUUUUGAUGCUUCCCGGAUGCAAAAUGGUACGUUUUUUGCGGCUGGACAAGGUCAGUCACUGUAUCAGUCUGUAGGGAAAAUAAUGAACAUUUUUUUGCAUCGAAAAUCGCAUCGCAUAGAAAAUGAAUUGUGCCGCGGCAAAGCCAGCUGCUUUUCACUAGCGAUGCGACCGGUGCAGCAAAAUUUCUUUCAUUAUUUUCCCGACAGACUGAUAUGAGAAAUAGUGAAUCGCCCAUCAUUGCUUUGUGACGGUAGCCGCAGAAUUUGACACGCGACUGCCCGUUUUUCGACGAGGUGAAGCGUUUUGCUGCAAAGACCUGUCAAUAUUUUCCCGACAGACUGAUAUUUGUGUUUCUUUUGUCGAAAUACCUGAUGAUUUCUUGCUCGUAAGUUGGCCAAAAUUCGCAAUUUGUUGCGCCCACUUUCCCGUCGACAUAGAUCUUUGAUUUUCAAAGCUCGUAUUCCUGUAACAUCACCGUGAAAACUACACCUACACUUUACUUAGAAUCAAUAGUGUAGACAGUAUACGCUGUAGCCUAGUCAUGUUGCAUGGGUCCCUAGAGGAUGACUGGCAUUAUCAUUUUGAGCGACUUUGUGUUCUUUGAGUUCAAUAAGAGUUUCGCUGAAGAAUAGAGUGGGGUUGAAGAGGUUGAUUAUUAUUUACAUGUAAUUGGAGGAAGCAAGCCUUUCAUGUGGCCUAUAAUAAACAUUUAUCAUCGAGAGUAAGAGUUCAGCGACUUGCUUACACACAAACAUGGUUCCCGGGCCGGGCUCUGGGAAGUUUGAAAAUGGGCCGAGCCUACUUUUUAGCGGCCUAGGGCUCAAGUUUGCUGCCGACAUUAACCGACUAGAACUACAAUUUUCUAAUCGACGUAGUACACUGAAAGAAAAAACAUCAAAUUCAAAUUCAUCAAAAUAAAACAUCACGCAUUUAUGAUGUCCACGACAUCAAAAGCUGGAGAUUUUGAUGUUUUCAUCAAAAAAACUUUUUUGAUGUUUGGGUUUAUCAAAUUCCAAUUUGCCAAUUGAACUCAAAAGGAAGGGCACACAUGUGCGUACGCACAACAGAGAAAAAGGAAAUCAGUCGAAUUUCACUCUGUCGAAUUUUCAUAAAGUCGGUUGUUACAUGAUAAGAUGCCUCAUAAAUUGUCGAUUUCUUGUAAAGGUCGUGAUUGUCAGGAUUGUACAUAGAUCAGGUAAGCGAGUUUUGCUGUUGUUUUCUUUUAUUUUUAGAUCACUUAUUUGGGCGACAAUGAUAAACAGAUGCUCUAAAUCGCAACGAAGACUGAGGUAAGCUUGGUCUCUGAAUUAUUUAAUUCUUUGGAAUUCAGAUUAUUUUUUUUUCAUAUUGCUGGACAUGUUAUGCUUAUCCGCCUUCGCUGGCUUGGACCUGAGCUUUGUGUAUGCUGGACGAAGAGCAUACCGCCUUCCCGUACAUUUAUCCAGUCCGCAAAAGCGUUUUUGACAACAAAAUAGUCAUACCGGAGGAACCAAGCGUUAAUCGGACCUAAAUUGUGAGUUUUUUUAUAUUGUACUAGAUGUUUGGGCAUACGUGAUGGAAAAUUUCGAAAAUUCGCAAAAUUUUCUGAAAUUUUGUCCAAAGAUUUUUUAAAUACGGCGUCGCGACACUUGCGGGCAACCACUUUGCGGGCAACCAGUUUGCGGGCAAAUUUUUUGCGGGCAGCCACUUUGCGGGCAAAAUUUGGAGGGUCACAUUUGCGGGCAGCUGAAACAUUUGCGGGCAGCUGAGACACUUGCGGGCAGCCUGGGACACUUGCGGGCAACCGACACUUGCGGGCAGCCGACAUUUGCGGGCAACCGGCACCUGAGGGUAACAGGGUGGAGGUGGAAAUAUUACUAUGAUAUUUUGGAAAUUUGCCGACAUUUGCGGGCAACCGACACUUGCGGGCAGCCGACAUUUGCGGGCAACAGGAAAAAACAAUCACACAGAGUGUAUUGGAACUUUUAGAACUGUUGCCCGCAAAUGUCGGCUGCCCGCAAGUGUCGGUUGCCCGCAAAUGUCGGAAAACUUCCAAAAUAUCGCAGUAAUUUUUCCACCUCCACCUUGUUAUCCCCAAGUGCCGGUUGCCCGCAAAUGUCGGCUGCCCGCAAAUGUCGGCAAAUUUCCACAAUAUCAUAGUAGUUUUUCCACGUCUACCCUGUUACCUCCAUAAUCAGGUGUCGGUUGCCCGCAAAUGUCGGCUGCCCGCAAAUCUUCCAGGCUGCCCGCAACUGUCGACCCUGCCCGCAAAUGUCCCAGGCUGCCCGCAAAUGCCGGUGCUGGCCGCAAAUGUCGGCUGCCCGCAAAGUGGCUGCCCGCAAAAAAUUUGCCCGCAAACUGGUUGCCCGCAAAGUGGUUGCCCGCAAGUGUGCGCCCGCCUUAAAUACGGUCUAUGGAGCUCCCUGAUCCAGUUUCGAUUAGAUCUUUAAAUAUUUUGGGAAUCGUCUUGGUAUCUUGGUGAUGGUGAGAAAAUAAAAUGUUUACAAAAGCGUCCAAUUUGGAGUCUAAAAUGUAAAUUUAGCUCCCGGUGUCCCAUGUUUUGCGAAGAAAAGCAGGUGGAUGUCGACUUUUCCGCCAAAGACCUGCUUCAUCACCCCGUGACGAUCUUCAUCAUCAGUACUAACAGCCAAUAGUCGAAGAGUUGAAGUGAUGUUUUUUCGGUAAGGUGAGUUGCGCUUGGUGAUAGUCAAAAUAAUGUUGUUUAUUUGUAGAGCUGGGCCGUCCAGAAGCUGGAUCACCAAUGGAAAGACAGUAUUUGAGCGAUCAGAAGCCAGAAUUCAUCAAACAGGUGAGUUAUCUAUAUUGUAGUAGGUUUGAUUUUUAGGCCAUGCGAUGCGGAUGCCCGACGGUAAUGAUGGUGGUAAUGACUUGUUCCACCUCGACGCAAUCAACCCGACCUUUUCUUCCAAUCGUCGUCUUGGAUCAGCGCAAGAAACGGCCGUUCCAUGGAGUUAAAAGCAGUCAAAGGUUUGCUAUGACUGCUAUUUUACCUAAAUUGUGUUUUUACAAACGGUUUAUUCGAAUAAAUUGUGUAAAUAGUAGUAUUUGUGUUUUUGAUAAAUUAUCCAUCACAAAUAUUUGAUUUUCCAAAAAUUUUUGAUGUGCCCCACAUCAAAAAAAUAAUAUCGUAUUUUUUUUUCUUUUUGAUGAAACGAAACAUCAAAAAACUUUUUUUGAUGUUUUCAUCAAAAUCUAAUAGACUGAUGAAAAACAUCAAAAAUAUAUGAUGUUUUUUCUUUCAGUGUAUGAUAGAAAUUUUUGUUGAAAUCUUCAACCUCUAGCUACUAACGCAGUACAAAAAAUGCACUUUGAAUGGAUCAAAUAGGUCACUUUAAUGUUCAUGUAACAGCUGGAUUUUGAAGUUUUCAAGCUGAACAACCAACGCAACCCCAAUUAAAACACUCACAAUAGUUUCCUAGGCGGCUUAAAAAAGAUUGAAGUUUUUUGCGGCUGUUCAAAUAGCUGUAACACGUUUCUGUUGGGUGUUCCAAAGCAAGGCCUUCUGAUUAAACAAAACCUCGCUACUAUUUAACCCACGGAAGUCUUUGUUACAGCAUCAGUGUCUUCAUCUUCUCAACAAUGAAGUAUUUUGUUCUUCUCUGCCUCUUGGGUUUGGCGUUGGCCGACGAUACCGGCAAAACGACCAGAUAUUGGGAUUGUUGUAAGCCUUCGUGCGCAUGGCCCGGAAAGGCCCAACUCAAACAAGGCCCCAGCAAGUACUGCGACGUGAAUGACAAGCCGUUGGCCGAUGAUGGCAACACUCAGUCCGGCUGCAACGGUGGCAGCGCGUACGCCUGCUCCACGGACCAGCCUUGGGCCGUCAACGACAGUCUCAGCUACGGAUUCGCGGCCGUGAAGCUGCAAGGAGGCCAAGAGUCGGACUGGUGUUGCGCCUGCUACGAACUGACCUUCACCGACGGGCCCGUUGCCGGCAAAAAGUUCGUCGUGCAGGCCACCAACACCGGCGGCGACUUGGGCUCCAACCACUUCGACUUGAUGAUCCCCGGCGGCGGUGUCGGCAUCUUCAACGGCUGCCAAGCCCAAUGGAAGUCGCCCGCCGACGGAUGGGGACAGCGCUACGGUGGUGUGAGCUCCGCAUCCGACUGCUCUUCACUUCCGGAGGCUCUGCAGCCCGGCUGCAACUGGCGCUUCGACUGGUUCCAGAACGCCGACAACCCAGGCAUGACCUUCAAGAGAGUGCCCUGCCCCACCGAGAUCACUGACAAGAGCGGUUGCAUUCGCUCUGAUGACCAAUAA